AUGGCAUGUGGCAGGAAAGAUUUCCUGGGGAGGUGAUUAGUAACCCUACACUAGAGCUGCAAGACACCUUCAGGGUGAUGACCAUGUGAGCAUAAACAGCACAGUGUUUGACUAUCAGGGCUCAGUCGGAGGAGUACCGCCAACAGCACACCGAAUGUCUCUUUUGGAGGAUUUUGUUUUUGUCCUCUUCUCCAGCCCAACCACUCUGUUGGGGGCUGUUGCUCUCCUUCUUGUCCUCCAUGUUGUUUCCAGCAGCUUCACCUCGCAGAAAACGGGGAAGGAGCCUCCAGGACCGAGGCCUCUUCCCCUGCUUGGCAACCUGCUACAGCUUGAUCUCAAGAGACCCUACAAGACCCUCUGUGAGCUUUCAAAGGAAUAUGGGUCUGUGUUUACGGUUUACUUUGGAACCAAUAAAGUGGUGGUCCUGGCUGGAUACAAGACAGUCAAAGAGGCUCUGGUCAGCAAUGCAGAAGAGUUUGGAGAUCGAGACAUCACUCCAAUAUUUUAUGACAUGAGUCAAGGUCAUGGGAUUCUGUUUGCAAAUGGAGAAUCGUGGAAAGAGAUGAGACGUUUUGCCCUCACCACCCUGAAAGACUUCGGGAUGGGGAAAAGAGUAGCUGAGGAUAAAAUCUUAGAGGAGUGCCGCCAUCUGGUCCAAAUGUUAGAAGAGCAUAAAGGGAAACCAUUUGAUACAACACGUCCGGCCAAUUGUGCAACAUCCAAUAUCAUCUCCUCCAUUGUGUAUGGCAGCAGGUUUGAAUAUAAUGACCCCCGAUUCAAAGACUUGGUGAGAAGUGUCAACGAGAACAUACGCAUUGCUGGCUCUGCACCAGUCCAGCUGUACAACAUGUUUCCCAGGCUGGCCAGCUGGAUCAAAAACCGGAGGCUGAUAUUAGAAAAUGUUGAGAUGACUAAGAGGAAUGUCAAAGAUUUAGUCAACCAUCUGCAAGAGAGUCUGAACCCUCACAUGUGCAGGGGUCUUGUGGACUGUUUUCUGAUUCGGAAGCAGAAAGAAGAGGACUCCCGUGUUCUGAACUCUCACUACAAUGAGGGAAACUUAAUGCUUACGGUGACCAACCUAUUCGGAGCUGGUACUGAUGCCACGGCAACUACGCUUAGAUGGGGUUUGCUGUUUAUGGCCAAAUAUCCACAUAUACAAGACCAGGUCCAGGAGGAGCUGAGCAGGGUGGUGGGAUGCCGCCAGGUCCGGGUAGAUGACCGCAAAAACCUGCCGUACAUCGACGCUGUCAUCCACGAGACCCAGAGAAUGGCCAACAUCACCCCUCUGUCCAUUCCUCACAAAACCAGCCAAGACAUCACCUUUCAUGGCUACUUCAUCAAAAAGGGGACUACUGUGGUUCCUCUUCUUUCUUCUGUCCUGUAUGAUGAGAGCGAAUGGGAGACCCCAAACACUUUCAACCCUUCCCACUUCCUGGAUAAGGAGGGUAAAUUCAUCAGAAGAGAGGCCUUUAUGCCCUUUUCUGCAGGUCGCAGGAUGUGCAUCGGAGAGGGUCUUGCUAAAAUGGAGCUCUUUCUCUUCUUCACCUGCCUCCUCCAGCGCUUUCGUUUCACUCCUCCGCCUGGAGUUUCAGAGGAGGAACUGGAUCUCACACCGGCCUUGGGCUUUACCCUCACCCCUUCUACUCAUAAGCUGUGUGCUGUCAGUCGUCAGUGAUAAAUAUAGCUGGAGCAGGGCAUUGCAACUGCCUUUGCAAAAUGGCAGGAAUAGUCCUUUACUCACCCUCACACAGGGCGUAGCAUCCGGAUCAGCCAGCAGAUGCCCCCAUCUUCAGGAGCAGGAUCAGUGAACAAUGGCAGGAUCAGUUCAUUUCAGUCACAAGUCCCACAAGCUCAUCUUUAAUGAUACCAGCCCAUACCAGUACCCCACCUCCACCUUGCUGGCGUCUGAGUCGGAGUGGAGUUCUCUGCCCUUUACUGAUCCAGCCACGGGCCCAUCCAUCUGGCCCAUCAAGACUCACUCAUUUCAUCAGACCAUAAAACCUUAGAAAAAUCAGUCUUAAGAUAUUUCUUGGCCCAGCCUUGAUGUUUUAUCUUGUUUCUUGUUCAAUGGUGGUCGUUUUUCAGCAGUCCUUACCUUGGCCAUGUCCCUGAGUAUUGCACACCUUCUGCUUUUUGACACUCCAGUAACGUUGCAGCUCCGAAAUAUGGCAAAACUGGUGGCAAAUGGCAUCUUUGCAGCUUCACACUUGAUUUUCCUCAAUUCACGGGCAGUUAUUUUGCGCCUUUUUCGUUCAACGUGCUUCUUGCGACCCUGUUGGCUAUUUGCCAUGAAACGCUUGAUUGUUCUGUGAUCGCGCCUCAAAAGCUUGCUAAUUUCAAGACUGCUGCAUCCCUCUGCAAGACAUCUCACAAUUUUAGACCAUCAAAUCUCUCUUCUGACCCAUUUUGCCAAAGGAAAGUAAGUUUCCUAAUAAUUAUGCACACCUGAUAUAGGGUGUUGAUGUCAUUAGUCCACACCCCUUCUCAUCACACAGAUGCACAUCACCUGAUAUACUUAGUUGGUAGUAGGCUUUCAACCCUAUAUAGCUUGGAGUAGGACAGCAUGCAUAAAAAGGAUGGUGGUCAAAAUACUCAUCUGUCUAAUAAUUGUGCACACUGUGUAUUGCAGCAAAUUGCAUGAAUAAUGUCAUUUAAAUAAAUUUGAUCUUACCUCUUGAUAUACCUUAUACCUCCUGAAUAAACUGCAUUUAUGUGCCAUGCUUUAGAGCAGGCAUGUCAA